AUGGACUUUUGGGGAAAGACUGGUUGUAGUGGGGAAGACGAAGAAGAAAAGCAACAACCACCCACCGCAGAUCGGUUGCUUUCUUCUCUUUCUUCCGCUUCAUAUCAACACCAGCACCACAGCCGCCACCAACCAGAACAACAACAACCCAUCUUUUCUCUGCCUCCCUACCACCACCACCACCACCACAGUAGCGGUGGAUUGCUGCUGGAUGUUCAUAACGAGGUAGGGGAACCUUCAACAAAGUAUGAGGAAGAAGGAGUAGUUGGAAGGAUAUCGAUGGUGGAGCGAGAGCACAUGUUUGAUAAAGUAGUGACUCCUAGUGACGUCGGCAAGCUAAAUCGCCUUGUGAUACCUAAACAGCAUGCCGAGAGGUUUUUCCCGUUGGAUUCCUCCAACAAUGAUAAGGGUCUCCAGCUAAAUUUCGAAGACAGAAAUGGAAAGCUAUGGAGGUUUCGUUACUCAUACUGGAACAGUAGUCAGAGCUACGUCAUGACAAAGGGUUGGAGCCGUUUUGUUAAAGAAAAGAAGCUUGAUGCCGGAGACGUUGUUUCUUUCCAACGGGGUGUUGGGUCUACAGCUAAAGAUCGGUUGUUUAUAGACUGGAGACGCCGUAUAAACACCUCCAAUCCACCGCAUCUGUCUAAUCUCUCUUUCUCGUUCCCUAAUCAUAAUCUCUUCCACCCUUGGAAUCCACUCGUUUUGAAAUCUCAUCCAGCUCUUCCAAGAAGAGAGUACUCUAAUUUGAUGCUUCCGCCGCCUAACACCAGCUCAGGGAACGUAAACAACGGCGGUUCAAGAUCCGUUAUAUAUUUCCGAUCAGGUGGCAGUGUAAUUCCACAACAACAUCUUCAGAUGAUACAAAGAAACGGGUUUGGAGUUGGGGUUGAGAUCGAUCGACCACAACCACCACAAGCAUCACAAACUCCACCGCUUCAUGGGAAAGGGUCUGGUAAACGACUUCGGCUAUUUGGAGUUAACAUGGAUUGUCCCUUGUCUGAAGAUGAAGAUGAUCGAGACUACGAUCCUCCAAGCAGCCAUGGUCACUCUCCACCGCCGCCUGUAAUGCCUCCAUCAUCAUCAUCACCGUCACCACAAUCCACCAGCAUUCCUUAUCUGCAGUUGAGUCCCUAUGGAGAAGGAAACGAAUAUGAUCAGAGUACGAUAAUACAAUCAUCAUCUGCUCAUGCUUUCAACAUAAUCGCCAAAUCAACAGCCUCUAGUAUGUCCUUGGAUUUGGAUAUCUGA